CCUCCUCGGUUGGGAGCUUCCGAAUUCCCAUAACCCUCUACUAUCCAUAUUUCUGCCAGGAGAGGAGGAAUUUGGAUAAGUGGUUAUCCAGAUCCACCUUAUUCUCCCUAGUCCCUCCUUCCUCCUCCUCUUCAUUCUUUAUUUCCCACUGCCACUGCCCUUCGUCUCUGGAGAUUUCAGGAUGGACAGCCUGACGUUAUUGCUCUCUCUUUUAUUAACACUCCAUAUAUCGGCAUCAGGAGUAAUUUCAACUACAUUCACCAUAGUUAACAAAUGCGAGUACACGGUAUGGCCGGGCAUUCUUUCUAACGCCGGAGUUACGCCGCUCUCAAUCACCGGGUUCGUUCUGCAAACGGGCGAGUCUAAGACGAUCUCUGCACCCACCUCUUGGGGAGGUCGCUUUUGGGGUCGAACUCUCUGCUCCCAAGACUCCAGCGGCAAGCUCUCCUGCGUCACAGGUGAUUGCAGCUCGGGCAAGGUGGAAUGCGCUGGCAACGGAGCAACUCCACCAGCCACGCUGGCAGAAUUCACUUUGAACGGUGACGGUGGCCUCGAUUUCUUCGACGUCAGCCUGGUGGACGGUUACAACGUGCCCAUGCUCGUCGUCCCCCAAGGAGGUUCGGGCGACAACUGUUCCAGCACGGGCUGCGUUGUGGAUCUGAACGGCGCGUGUCCGUCAGAGCUCAAGGUUACGAAUGUGGACGGGAAACAAGGGGUGGCGUGCAAGAGCGCCUGCGAGGCAUUCGGUUCGCCCCAGUACUGCUGCAGCGGUGCGUACGCGACGCCGGAUACUUGUAAACCAUCUAGCUACUCGGGGAUAUUCAAAAGCGCUUGUCCACGCGCCUACAGCUACGCGUAUGACGACAAGACGAGCACAUUUACGUGUGCGGCUGCGGAUUAUAGCAUAAUCUUUUGUCCGACCCCUAACACCAGGUUAGAUUCAUUAUUUGUGAUGCAGGGUGGGCAGGGUCAAAAGUGGUUGGUAGCAUCAUAACGGGGUGUUGUUUUGCAGUCAGAAAGCAUCGGAAGACGCCGGGGCACACCAUCAUCAGUGAGUAACGGCACAAUUGUGUACCAAGGGGCUGAGGAUCGGAGCGAAAUAUCAAUGAGCAGCCUCUUGUUGAAAUCCGGGCCUAUCGCUAGCGCGGCAGUGGCCGUUUCGCUUCUUUGCCUCCUCGCCUGACUCUCUGCUUCAGCAUCUUCUAUUAGCUUUUACCAUCCCCCGUUGCUUGCCCCAGUGCCGGUCCACAGCUGGCGUGGACUUUACCCACGUGUUAAACCCGGACGACUCUCGUCAGUUGUUAGUGCCCUGCCCACAACGUGAAGGCGGACUGGUGGCGGCAAACUCGCAAUUUAGGCAGUUACCCUAUGUUUGUUUGGUUGGGGGCAGGGGAGAGGAGGAAAAAUUUUACCCCUCCACCCCUCCCUCCCUCUUAAAUUAAAUAAAAUUUAAAAAUAUUUUUUAUACAUGCACUAAAAUAUUUUUUCCCAAAUUAAAGUAUAAGAUAUUUUCAAUUAUUUUAUAAGAAUUAAAGGAAUGAUUAAAGGUAGAACCUGUUUUUUUUUUUUUUUUUGCAGGAUAGAGAACCUUUGCAGUUUAGAAUUCUUUGGGAUUGUUGGCCCCGGCCGUCCUUUAUUGCUUUCAAGAAUGUAUGAAUGACUGCGUUACCUGAAUAAUUACAAAAGGAAAUGGAUUCGCAAUUAAUUC